CCCCAAUUGACGAAUGAAUUUAUACAACGCCUAUCUCGAUUUCCCCCUAAUUCUCUCAACGAUUAUUAUCCCAAGGCUUAAGAUUAUAUGUUCGCGUAAUAGCCAUGGCGACACAUCCAGCUCAACUUCUUUUUGUUUUCUGCACUUCUCUUCUAUUGUUAGGGGCAAGAUUAGGAGAGUGCGCAAGAGUGUUUACCAUCAUAAACAAUUGCAAAGAGACAAUCUGGCCAGCCGUGACCCCCGCCGCCGCAGACAAUUUCAAUGGCGGAGGCUUCGCACUGAGAGCAGGUCAAUCAGUUCUGUUCACGGCUCCGGUAUCGUGGUCCGGGAGGAUAUGGGCCAGAACCGGCUGUAAUUUCGACCGCAACGGCAACGGGACGUGCGUGACCGGCAGUUGCGGCACCUCCCUGAAGUGCGGCGGUGCUUCCGGCAGCACCCCAGCCACCCUUGCGGAAAUCACCAUCGCAUCUCCCGAUUUUUACGACGUCAGCCUGGUGGAUGGAUUCAACUUGCCGGUGGUCGUGACCCCGAUCAACGGCCGAGGAAACUGCAGCGUGGCCGGGUGUGACGCGGACUUGAGGAGGAAUUGCCCGCCGGAGCUUAGCGUGAGGGUGAACGGCAGGGUAGCGGGCUGCCGGAGCGCCUGCGACGUGUUCAGUACGGAUGAGUAUUGUUGCCGGGGAGUGUACGGCAACCCGGUGACGUGUCAACCCACGUCAUAUUCCAAAGGAUUCAAGCAGGCGUGUCCGGCGGCUUAUAGCUACGCCUAUGAUGAUCCCACCAGUAUCUUUACUUGCUCCGGUACCGACUAUGUCAUCUCUUUCUGCUCCUCCAGGAAACAGCCGGUUUGUACUUACCAUAACCAUCGGCUCGCUUGUAGCGAUGCACACACUUAUGUCAUCAACGUAUUCCUCCAAACUGGAUGGAUUCUGAUUCUGGGAUUAAUCUUCAACGGCCUAUUUGUCUGAACAACCCAUGCACGCACGGUUCAAGUUCAACACACACAAAAAUACUAGUACUUUGUACAUUGUAUAGCGGGUUUUUACCAUUUUUGUUGUCGGUUUUGCUUUGUGCUGUUUAUAAUUGGUCGGUGCCUCUUACACUUACUAUUCUUUUUCUUCCCCCAAUCCCCAACCCUUUUUAACCUCCAUUGUUUUUUUAUAUUUUUUUUUGGGAAAAAGUUUAACCUCGCC